CCCUUACCCUUGACCUUGCAAUUUAACCCAGCUGCUCUCAGCUCUGUGUAUUACGUCGAUUUCAUUCCUCUUGUAAAGGACUCGGAGCUCUUGUGGAUAUUUUGUAUAUUGGUUUUGUGGAAACAAGGUGGGGGUUAGUGACAGUGAAGGCGUGAAGGAGUGAAGGAGAAGAUGUCUUACGUGCACCCCCCAAGCGAUGUUUCAGCCGGUGAGAGUCACGGUGAGGGUGGCCACGGAGGUGGUCUUCUCGGGAAGCUGAAAGACAAGACCAAGAAGGCCACCUCGAAGAUUAAAACCAAGGUUGGCAGGAGGCACGAUGAUCCCACCGAUACUGAUCCUCAUUACGAUGAGGAGGAGUACGAAGAGUCUCCCCAUGCUAGCUCUCCAUUAACAACCCCAGGGAGUCAAGCGACUCCAUUUGACCAGAAAUCGUAUGAUUCCAAGCCCAGUGCAUUCGAUGCAUUCGAGCAUCCCGCACCUGCGUCUUCAUACACGAACACAGCUUCUUCCGCGACGUCGUUCCAACCUGAGCAGUCGCAGCCAUCGCCCCUGACCUCACACAACAAGGGGUCGAAGUCUCAGGAUGUCUCAGCUGGGAGCCCCUAUGACUCCAGCUACAACAAGGUUCCUGAAUCAGAUGCUGUGAUUCCCGAGGGUAUCCUGAAGACGAAGCCUGGAGGUUUCGAUACAGAGGGCGACUACCCUGCUGGCUCUAUGGGUGUUGAUGAGCCUAGUCCUUCCCCUUACGCCACAGGCUUAUCUGGGGCCAUUAAUGCAGGAACCCCUUACAGUUUUGGCGACAACAAGGUCAAUGAGUCGGAGACCAAGGUUCCUGAGGGAAUUGUAAAGCCCGUCGGUUCUACUACUCAAACAACUGACGAUAUGUACAGUAAACCAGAAGAGUCUGACAAGGUGAACGAUGGUGCUUACUAUAGUAAGUUUGGCGCUGAAGGUGCAUUGGGAAGGAGUCUGGGUGGCAAGGAUGACGAUGAACUCUCUGCCCGUGAAAGGAUGUCGAAGUCUGGCUACGAUGGUGAAGAUACAGGCUAUGGCACUUCAGCUUACGAUUCCGCGAAGGACACGAAGGACACAGUUUCGUCUGAGGUCGGCGAAGGAUAUGAAAAGGCUAAGGACAAGGUGGGCAUGAACCAACCAUCUUAUGAGUCCACCUCUGAUUAUCCUGACGUUCCCAGCAGCGCUACCGAAGCCACUUACCAGGCGAAGGAUCAUGUUCAGGAGAAGGCUCAUGACUUGAACAAUGCUACUGAUGCUAACCAGACCUACACCGAGAAGGCUACGAACACGGCGUAUGCUGCUAAGGACAAAGUGGCAGACACCUUGGGAUUGAACCAGCCUUCAACGGGUCCGACCUUCACAGAGAAGGCAAAGGAUACAUUGGGAUAUAACCAGCCAUCUACAGGUCCGACCUUUACAGAGAGGGCGAAGGAUACCUUGGGCAUGAAUCAGUCCUCGACGGGUCCUUCUGUGGUUGACCAAGCAAAGGGCUACCUCGGAGCUGCUGCUGACACCACUCGGGAUCAGGCCGCACGAGCAAAGGACGACGUGGCAUCCUACACCGGAGCAGCUACUGACACUUCCAAGGAUUACGCAGGUUCCGCCUCCGACACCACGAGGGGGAAUACUGGUUCAGCUGCUGACACUACUAGAGACACCUCUUACCAAGCUAAGGAUACUGUUCAGAGCAAGGCUGCCGAUGUGAACAACGCCACUGAUGAUAGUGAAACCUAUACCCAGAAGGCUGCCAACACAGCAUACGAUGUGAAGGAUAAGGCUGCCAAUGCUUUGGGACUAACCCAGCCUUCUACGGGUCCUUCUUUGUUGGACAAGGCGAAGGGGUAUCUGGGAGGAGCUGCUGAUACCACUAAGGACUACGCCGGAUCUGCUGCUGAUAACACUCGUGAAGGCUUAAACCAGCCAUCCGGCGGUUCUUUGACGGACACGAUUAAGGGAUACACGGGAUCUGCCGUUGACACAACGAAGGAUAACGCCCAGAGGGCCACUGACGCAACCAACGAUUACGCAGGAUCAGCUGCGGAGAAUACCCGGCAGGGAUUGAACCAGCCAUCGACAGGCCCAUCCAUGUUGGACAAGGCCAAGGGAUACUUGGGAGUGGCUGCUGACACCACCAUGGAUUCCACAGGCUCAGCUGUUGACACCAGCAAGGAAUACGCUGGAAAAGCUUACGACAACACUGCCCCAUACGGCCAAACUGCGAAGGGUAAGGUAGCAGAGAACACUGCUGUGGCGAGGGACGUGGCUUCAGAGAAUGCUGUUGCUGCUAAUGACAAUGCUGCUGAAGCUGCCCAAAGGGCUACUGAAGUUGCGAAGGACUAUGGCGCCAAGUCAUAUGAUGCAUCAGCUCAAUACGGCCAAGUUGCAAAGGAAAAAGUCACAGAGACUGCAGCCGUUGCGAAGGACAAGGCCGUCGAGGUUACCACCCCAAAGCCAGAGGACAAGGGACUGAGUGAAAAGAUCACUGAAGCGCUCAGCAACUUGCCAUUUCAAGCUAAGGAUACUGCUGCCGCUACAGCUCAAAAUGUUGCCCAGACCACCACAGACAAGGCUCAUGAGGAGGCUCACAAAGAUACAGUUCUUGGGCGAUUGACUGGGCUUCUCGGAUUUGGAUCAAAGCAGCCAGCAACUCAUGAUGUCAACCCUGCUAGCCAAGUAACUAAGGAUUAUACCUCACCUGCUGGCUCUGCUAGGGAUGAUACUCCUGCCGCAGCUCCUCAUGAUGUUCCAUCAUCUGGCCCAACUCAGUAAAUUGGACGAGAUUCGCCACACAAUUGUUUUGUAAAGCUUUCGUUUACUCUUUCUAUGUAGAGGUCUUGUAAUUCGGGGUUAUUGGAGGUUACGAAAUAUAAUAUGUAGUUGAUAUAUGUUUAAUAAUCUCACAGUCCUCUCACUAGAAUGCGGCAGCCUUUCGAAGUUUUCCGUCGUAAUUUUCUCAUUAUUUUCUCUGAGGAAUCUUGUUUCCUCGAGGGAAAGCUGUACAUGGUAUCAGUUUACUUUUAAUUCAAUGUUUUCAUCUUUUCAAAGGUCUAUUCUCAAAGUCA